AUGGAGCCAAUUCUGAGACGGCUGGCAGAAGAAAGAAACCCGGGAGGCAUUCGUUUUGGCCAUUCAGUCACCGACUUCCAUGACCAUGGUGAUUAUGUGGAGGUCACGACUAAAGCUCCUGAUGGAACAACUUCAACCUACUGCACACGCUACCUUGUUGGGGCCGAUGGUGGCCGCCUCGUUGGUCCACAACUUGGCAUUGAAAUGGAAGGCCGCACUGGCAUCACCGAUAUGGUCUCUGUGCAUAUGGGGGCCGACUUGUCGCAGUACUGGGAUGAGAGGUUCUUUGCGUGUCAUUUUAUAAACGGUGAGUGUGGGACGAUUUUUGAAAGUGGAGCCAUCGUGCCUAUGGGACCGACCUGGGGGAAACGAUCUGAAGAAUGGGUGUUUCAUUUUGGCUUCGCCCUAGAUGAUGAGGCACGGUUCCAAGAAGACAAACUAGUUCCUCGAAUCCGCGAUCUACUCAAGAUACCGGACCUAGAGAUUCAAAUUCACCGGGUUAGCCACUGGAUCAUUGAACGUGUCUUGGCGAGUAAAUAUCGGGUUGGGAAUGUCUUCCUUGCUGGAGACGCGGCGCACAGACGACCCCCUACCACCGGGCUUGGAUUGAAUACCGCUAUCGAGGAUGCAUUGAACCUCUCGUGGAAGUUAGCUAUGGUUCUCAAUCAUGAUGUCGAUGCAAAAAUCCUCGAUACUUAUGAACUUGAAAGGAGGCCAGUCGGUAAACGCAAUUGUGACUGGGGGUUGUUCACUUUUGAGAAUUCGGCAGUCAUAAAUGCGGCUAUUGGACUCGUCGCUGGCAAGAAGCAAGACAACAAAGCUAGAUUUGAAGCCAUGUACGAAGACUCGUUGACUGGUCAGAGCAUUCAAGCCCAGGUGAAAAAGAUGAUCGAGUCACAGUGCAUCGAGUUCGGGGCUCAUGGUAUUGAGCUUGGCUUCACUUAUGACAAUGGACUGAAUAUAUCAGAUGGUACAGAAUCACCAGAAGUCGACCCGCUUGGGCAAGAUUAUUGUGCCACGACUCGACCGGGACACCGUCUUCCUCACGCUUGGCUGGAAUCCAAAACCGACCACCAGAUUAUUUCUACGCACGAUCUUGUAGGACCGAAAGGUUCAUUCUUGCUCCUCACUGAUCACAUUGGGCUAGAAUGGGUUACCGCUGCCAAAAGACUCUCUCAAAAAUACAAGAUCCCGAUAAAGACUGCUCAAAUGGGCCAGCAUUUCUGGGAUAUGGAAGAUCAAUGGGAAAAGGUCAGUGGGAUCCCCAAGGGUGGUGCCAUCCUAGUGCGACCUGACAACUUCGUGGCGUGGAGAUCGAAGAAACCCUCGAGAUCACGAGGACAAGAACUAGAGGAGUCCUUUGCCGCGUUGCUUGGAUUGCCCUUGCCAGUCGAGAUGAAUGGUAUCACUCAUUAG